AUGCUUUUGGGUACGCUUCCUGACAGUAUUGAUAAGCCCCUGCUGGUUCAGGGAGGGCUUGCUGUGUUUAUUGUGUAUUGGACACUUUGGAUUAUUUAUGCUCGAUGGUUUCAUCCUUUGGCGAAAUUCCCUGGACCGUUCUGGGCGUCUAUCUCGCGGGUUUGGACGGUGCUUCACGUUCUCCCUGGUGAUGCGGAGAAGGCGCAGAAGAAGCUUCAUGAGAGAUACGGCCCCGUGGUGCGCAUUGCCCCGAACGAGCUGAUCACUAGCGACCCCGGGGCGAUGAAAACGCUAUAUGGGAUUAAGUCUUUUACGCACAAGACCGAUUUCUACGUGGCAUUUAGACCACCAUGGGCGAGAUUCCCAGACCACUUCUCAUCCGCAGGCGGAAAAGAACACGCUGAGCGCCGACGGAUCGUUAAUAAUGUUUAUACGAUGACGAGUAUCUUACAGUCGGAAAAGUACAUUGAAAAGUGCAUCGAUGUGUGGAUUGAGAAGUUGAAUGGGAUGGCCGAUGACAAGGAGUCCUUUGACCUGUGGGUGUGGACGCGAAUGUACGCAUACGAUGUAAUCGGCGAACUCUACUUUAGCAAAAUGUUCGGCUUCCUGCAGUCUGGCGGCGAUCAUCUAGGGUAUAUUGCAGCAACGGACGACCUGAUUCCUAUCCAGUUCCUGGCGGGGAAUAUGCCUACCUACGUGCGGAGCAUAUUCAUGCUAACGGGCAUUCUGUUCCCAAAGGUCCGAGGGGCUCUGAAAGCCCUGGGAAGUCUUACUGAGGCGACGAAUGGAAUGCUGAAGAGCCGUCUGGCUGCGCUCCAGAGCGGCUCGGACGAUUCAAAGCCACAGCGCGCUGAUAUUCUAGGAAAACUCAUGGACAUCUCGCAUAAAAACGGCAAGGAGCUGGACUUUAGACUCGACGACGUCAAGGUGGAGGUUUUUGUUGCUUUCUUCGCCGGAAGCGAAACCACCGCUCUCACCCUGUCCGGAAUCCUAUACAACAUUUUCCGCCACCGAGCGGUGUACACAAAACUCACGGCGGAAAUCGACGCCGCUGCAGCCGCGAACCAACUUAGCUCCCCACAUAUCGCCUACAACGAAGCCAUCAAGCUCCCAUACCUAGCUGCCUGCAUUAAAGAGGGCAUCCGGAUGCACCCUAUCACCGGGGUCUCGUUCCCACGGCACGCACCACCGUCCGGAUGCGAGGUAGCCGGGUACUACAUCCCAGGGGGCGCGCGGAUCGGCGUGAACCCUGGCAUCAUCCACUUCGACAAAGGCGUUUUUGGAGACGAUGCGGAAGAGUUCCGCCCGGAGAGGUGGAUUGAGCGGGAUGCGAGCGGCGUUAUGGAUCGGUAUAUUAUGCAAUUUGGGAUGGGGGCGAGGACUUGUCUGGGGAAGAAUAUCUCGAUGUGUGAGAUAUACAAGGCCAUUCCGCAGCUAAUGCAGGCGUAUACGUUUGAGCUUGGAAGCGAGGAGGAGAUGCGGACGACGUCGUACUGGCUGCAUAAGCCUGUUGCAAUUGAUGUUAAGGUCAGACGUCGUUAG